AAUGGAUUUUCGGGUACUCUUCUUCCUAAUAGGACUCUCCUCGCUCACGAGACCCGCCGAGGCCGGAGACCGGGCAGAGAGGACCCCGGCGGCCGCGCAGGCACUCAACUAAGAAAUCCCCAGCGGCUCAGGAUUCUCGCCCUAUUUCAUCCUCAGCACCUUGUCAUCCAGCUAAAAAGAUUUUUGUUUUGGCGCAAUUGCACUUAGUUUUUGGCCCAGGGUUUGCUCAAAUCCUGGCUUGGCACUCCUGGUACGCCAUCUAGAUUUGUAAGGUUUACAGUCCUAUAGCUUUGGAAAUGCAUCCUCAUCUCACCCUACACAGGCAUCCUAUGUGUGCUGAGAUUAUUGAAGAAUUUCAGAAGUGCCAUGUGGAUCACCCCUUAAAAAAAUUCUUUGGGGAAUGCACAGAUCUUAAGAUUAAGCUAGAUCGAUGCUUUCGGCAGGAGAAAGCUGUGAAGCGGAAGGCAAACUUUGAAGAGAGCAAGAAAUUUAAAGAACAAUUGCAGGCUUAUAAAAAGGAAAUGGCUGAGAAAGACAAUGAAUCAUAGCUUGCAACAGAGGAGAAGUACCUGAUAUCUAAUGCUUUGUUCUGCAACCAAGUGGCUUCCACUUUGUGAAACGAAAUCUCAGAUUUGACUUCAAAUCGUGUGUAGCACACAUAUUUACUGUUAAAAGGUUACAAUUGAUGAUAUAUAGUUCAUAGACUUGAAUUGUUUUUUAGAAGUAUGAAUUCUCUCGUGUGGUUAUGCUACUCCUGUCUUGUCCAUUUUCGGUAGCAUUGGAAGCUUUGCUGGAUAUUUGGACAACAGUUGUUGCUCCAUGUUGGUGUUGUACUGUGAGGAUUUUUCGUUGGAAAACCUAAUAAUUUGAAACAAUUUCAAGUAAA